AUGAGCACUUCUUCCACCGUCACCAACAACACGGCCGAUGCCAGCUUCAAGCAAGACGCAUACCAAGGCUCGCCCUCGACAACCACCACCUAUGACACCGACAAGAUCGCCGUCGCUGAGCCCCGUACAUCCAUGAGCACCGUCGGAUCCGCAGACCCUCGCACCCAAGACAUCAAGUCAUGGAAGGCUGGCUUCCAGCGCAUGUCGGAUGAGCGCCUCGAGAAACAGCGCUAUCAGCUCAGCGAACAGAAGGUCGACGAAAUCAACACCAUCGCUCUGGGCGCAAAGGUUGAGCGCGCACUCGGCAGAAGAAUGACUGGACAAGACGCGCAGUUCACACGCAGAGAGUCGCUGUCUGCUGCACCCCCUGCGCAAGGCCAGCAAGACCCCGUUGAGCUGCCCGAUAAGAGAAGCGUCGAGAUUGGCUCAUAA